AUGGCAAUAUUUGGUGUGUUAAUACCUGUCUUCCUGAUUUGGUCUCCUCUUGGUGACUCCUGCCGGACUCCUGAUGACUUUGUGGGUGCCAGUUCUCCUGGAGAUAUUGUCAUUGGAGGCUUGUUUGCAAUUCAUGGCAAAAUGUUACAUUCUGGAGAGAAGCCCCUCAAACCUAUGAUUGCUAAUUGUGCUGGCUUUGAAGUUCAAGUGUUUCUUCAGAGUCUUGCGAUGGUCCAUGCCAUAGAAAUCGUCAACAACUCCCCUCUUCUACCAGGAAUUAAACUGGGUUAUGAAAUCUAUGACACCUGUGCAGAAGUCACCAGGGCAAUGGCUGCAGCUUUGAGGUUCCUGUCCAAGUUUAAUGCUUCCAAAGACCUGGUAGAAUUCAGAUGCAACUAUUCAGAUUACACACCCCGAGUAAAAGCUGUCAUAGGAGCCACUUAUUCGGAAGUGUCUAUGUCAGUUGCAAGAAUAUUGAAUUUGCAGCUAAUACCACAGGUCAGUCAUGCAGCCACUGCCGAAAUCCUUAGCGACAAAGUGCGUUUUCCUUCUUUUCUGCGCACCGUGCCCAGCGAUUCCUAUCAGACCAAAGCAAUGGCACGAUUAAUCCACAAAUCAGGAUGGAACUGGAUUGGAAUCAUCGCCACUGAUGAUGACUUUGGGCGGCUCGCUGUGGAAAGCUUUGGGUUACAGGCCAUGGCCAACAACGUCUGCAUUGCCUUUAAAGAAAUGUUGCCAGCUUAUCUCUCGGACAGCACGAUCCAUGGCAAAAUUAAUCAAGCACUUGAGAAGAUUGUCAAGGAAACCAGGGUAAAUGUCAUCGUUGUCUUUCUGAGGCAAUUCCACGUAAUGAGACUUUUCAGAAAAGCAAUAGAAAGGAACAUAAAUAAGACCUGGAUUGCAAGCGAUAACUGGUCAGCGGCUGUGAAGAUUAGCACCCUUCCAAAUAUCAGUCGCCUGGGGAAAGUGGUUGGAUUUACAUUCAAAAGUGGCAACCUGUCCUCUUUCCAUGAGUUUUUGAGCAAUCUACCGACCACACCCAGGGGCAACAACACAUUCUUAAGGGAAUAUACGAUGCUAAUGUCAACGUGCUCCCAUAUAAAUGAUCAAGAUCUGAGUAAGUGCAUUUCAAACCAUUCGGCAGAGAGUUUGCUCCAAAAUCAGACUCGCCCAACGAACAGCCUUUGGCGAGAGGAAUUUCUCAUUGCCAAUAUUGAACCAGGAUUUAUCCACAGCACCAUGCUGGCCGUGCACGCCAUUGCCAAGGCCAUCCAGAAACAGUGCAAGGACAGAGACUGCAAAGAUCCAUACGCUUUCGCUCCUUGGGAGUUGCUUGAAAUACUUAAAGAGAUAAAGUUCACUGAUAACGAACGGGAGGUCUAUUUUGACUCUCAAGGAGACAUUAUCACAGGAUAUGAUGUCCUGCUCUGGAAGGAAAUUGAUGGAAGAGUGGUGAUUACCAACAUGGGAGAGUAUGACCUGGAGAAAGAUGACUUCAUCUUUGCAGAUAAAGAAGAUGAAAUUGAAUUCAUGAAUCUAAAGAAUGUCCAGUCCAAAUGCUCUAGGAAAUGCAGACCAGGACAAGUGAAGAAAGUUUCCGCAAGUCCACAUACCUGCUGUUACGAGUGCAUCAGCUGCCCUGAAAACUACUAUACAAACCAGACAGAUAUGGAUUACUGCAUUUUGUGCAACAACAGAACCCACUGGGCUCCGGUGAACAGUUCAACCUGCUACAGGAAGAUGGUUCAAUACCUCAACUGGAAUGACUGGUUUGCUGUUUUGUUAGUGGUGCUCUCUGCCCUUGGAAUUGUGUUGAUUUGUGCCAUUUUCAUAAUAUUUACUCGAAAUGUGGACACUCCUGUCGUAAAGGCAUCAGGUGGCCUAACUGUAUGCUACGUUAUACUACUCUGUCACUUCCUGGCUUUUGUUAGCACAAGUUUAUUCAUUGGCCAGCCCAAAGCAUAUAAAUGCAAACUAAGACAAGCUCUCUUUGGCAUUAGCUUUGCCCUCUGCAUUUCAUGUAUUUUGAUUAAGUCCCUGAAAAUCUUGCUGGCUUUCAGUUUCGAUCCCAAGUUACAAAAAUGGCUGAAGGGCCUCUACAGACCCAUUCCCAUUGUGUCUUUUUGCACGGGGAUUCAGAUCUUGAUUUGUUCGGUCUGGAUCACUGUGAGAAGCCCUUUCGUGCAAGAGAACAACUCCAUCCGGAGAGUUAUCAUCCUGGAAUGCAAUGAAGGUUCAGGGGUGGCCCUCGGCAUCAUGUUAGGAUACAUUGCCCUCCUCGCAUUCAUCUGCUUUAUCUGUGCUUUUAAAGGCAGGAAGCUCCCCGAAAACUACAACGAGGCAAAAUUCAUUACCUUUGGCAUGCUCAUCUAUUUCAUUGCAUGGAUUAUAUUCAUCCCUGUCUACACAACCACUUUCGGCAAGUACUUGCCCGCAGUUGAAAUCAUUGUCAUUUUAAUAUCUAACUACGGGAUCUUGUGCUGUACAUUCUUCCCCAAGUGCUACAUCAUCCUGUAUAAGCAAGAAGCGAAUACUAAAUCCGCCUUCCUUAAAAUGCUGUACAAUUACUCUUCCAAGAGUGCAGGGAGUAUCAGUGUCAAUCAAAGUUCUCUGGACUCUAAGAGCGGGACCCCUCCAGUUCCAAGCACAAAUGCUUGUUGUAAAGUUAAGGGUGAGAAAAGCUGGCUGAAUGGUAGUUGCCAUUUGCAGGCAUCAGGGCCCAGAGAAGUGAGAGGGGAAGUCCACAUCAAAAACACAGCGGGGCCCACAAUACCAAGGAGAAGGCUCUCUAGCAUAUGA